AUGAGCCGAAACUUUAUUACAGCCGCUGUGACGAUAGGUGUCGGUGUCUUUACAGGCUACUACGCUUUCCAACCAGCAUUACAGGAGCUGGCAAUCCAGCGGGCGCAUGGAAUCCAACCCGGGGCUUCUUCUGAAGCAUCUACUUCCAAACAGAAUGACAACGCUCCUCUCAGCAAUGCUGCCGCAUCUGCUCCCCAGCCCUCAGAGCCCAAGAAGGGCAAAUAG